AUGUUCAAGGAAGUCCUAGGUGCUAGACCCGAACAGGAUGUCCCAGAGAAUGCCGCUCAGACCCAGGUGACCCUCUAUCACCUCGACUUGAGCUACAACAACCUCGAUGCUGCCAGCUGCAAGGUCAUCGCAGAGGGCCUGCGUGACAACCACCACCUCUACGGUCUCCACAUCGUGGGCAACGCUGCCAUCAUUGACGCCGACGGCUUCCUCAGCCCGAAUGUCGACGGCGUCCCAUCUCAAGUCUCGAGGCCAUCGCCGCGCUGUGGGGCGCAGCCCCAGCGCUAUGGGGAGCUGCGCCAGGGCAACGAAGAUCGGCUGGGGGCUUCUUCAAGACCCACCACGGCAGAUGUGUCUGGGCAAGCGGAGGCAAGCAUGUGGUCGGAUGAAGAUGUGCUCCGAGAACGUGACGUUUUGGAGCAGCAAACGACAUGCUGGGCAUGCGAAGGCUGGGAGCGACAUGAGCUGGUGUGGCAGCCGGCAGCAGAUGAGCAGAAGCCACAGGCAGUGUGGGCGUUCACCUCCAUCGAUGGCUUCCGCGCCGGCUUGAGACUCAAGGAGGAGCAAAGGAGCGGAGAGCGGGAGGCUCUCCCGAGGUUCGUGGCUGCGCGCAUGAUCCCCAGAAGCUGCAGAGUCCUGGUGAUUUUCCAGGUGGACUGUGCUCUGAGAACGCCUGCUGGCUGCGAGAUCGAGGACCUCGAAACGCCUGCGGAGAUCGAGUUGCGGGCCUGCGAGGAGCUGCCGAUCCUGGCGCCUCCAUCUGAUCAGGAGGUGGUGCUCCAGGAGGCGCGACGAGUCUCCAAGUCCUUGGAGCAUCGUCUUGUGCUGAGGAUGCCCAAAGCGGCCGUCCUCCACUCCGCCCCGGAUCGGGGCGCUGGCGCCGCCCAGCGCAGCGUCCUGCUGGAUGGCCCGGAUGGGGUGGGGCCGGUUCAGAUGCCGCGCAUCACAGAAUCCGAGUUCCGCAUGAGAACCAAGCCCCCGCGCGGCCCAGCUUUCUACGCGACUUUCCGCCACGAGAGCGAGAAAGUCGUGCAGGCGUGCUUCUUGCUCGACUGGUCCCGGGCCAAAGUUGCCCGAUUGGUGAGCAAAGAUGCGGAACGGCAGGAGUCUGAGCGGUUGAUUGCCACCAACUACCGGCAGCUGGUGGCUUUGUACCGGGACCUCUCCUGCAUCGGGACGACGGGGGAGACGGGCUUUGGAGUCACGCAGCUCGAGGCCUCAACGCUCCUCACCCAAGCCGGUCUGGUCGACGACACCACAAGGGUGUCGGACAUUGAUCGGUGCUUCAUUGCGUCCAAGGUGUUACCUGUGGAUCUGCGGAAGGCUGGCGUCCGGCUGGCCAAUGACAAGGUCUUAAACCGGCACCAGUUCCUCGAGCUGCUUCUACGCGUGGCGGACCAGCGCUACGUGCAGACAGGGAGCUUCCAUGCCCCUGAAGUGGAGAUGCAGGGAAAAACCGUGCUGAUCACAGGUCCGUCGCGUGGUGGCAUAGGCUUUGAAACUGCCCUGGCACUGGCUCGGCAGGGCGCCACCCUGCUUCUCGCAGCUCGGAACGUGGAGAAAGCCACCGCUGAUGCUGAAGCGAUUGCUUCCCAGAUAGGUUCAGGUCAGAAACCUGAAGUUUUCAAGUGCGACGUCUCAAGCACUGAGAGUACACGAGAGUGCGCGGAGCAGAUCCUAAAGGCCUAUCCAGUCAUCGACGUGCUCAUCAACAAUGCUGGAGCGGUCUUCGAUGAAGAGAAGAAGGUGGAAAGCGGCGUGGAGAUCAGUUUUGCCACGUGUGUGCUGGGCCAUCACCUCUUGAAUCACAUGCUGAAGCCUCGUCGACUCGUGUGGGUAACCGGCGAUAUCUACGCCAUCUCAGAUGGCUCUGCAGACCCCUACUUCAAAGGUAAGGGCAUCCCGGCAUACGCCAACGCGUGCCUGGCGCGAUUGAUGUUGGCCAGGGAGAUCAGGCGCCGCGGCCUUUGCGAUGAGAUUGUCGCAGUGCAUCCCGGCGUCAUCCGCUCCCAGUUCAUUAAACCGAAAGGUUGCCUUCAAGCCGCCAUGGUGUCAAGCUACGACUGGGGCCGCAUCAGCGUCGUGGCGGGUGCACAAAGUAGCAUCUUUGCCGCAAGCUGCCCUGCGAGUGACUUGCACCAAGAGACCGUCUACUUUCACAACAAGUACGGCUGGUAUGUGCUGAGUCCCACGGACCUCGCCAGGAACGAAGGCCGCUGCCAAGCCCUCUUUGACGAGUGCGCGAGUGGCAACUGCAAGGCAAAGGAAACUGCGAAUCCUGGGCACAGCAAAUACCCGGUCGCCGAGGCCAAGAUGGCGGAGCAGGAUGGCUUCCUUGCGGCUCUUCACACAGAGGAGGUAGAUGACGUGAUGAAGAAGUACCACGCCGUGCUCCAGGAGGUUUACCGCCGAUUCAGCGGUCGUGUCUCGCUUCCUGGUGUUGCAAAGUUCAUGUCCUUCGGCGAGUUCCAGGAACUCCUGGAGUCCUCGCACUCACUGACAGCGGAGUUUACGCAGAGGCGAAUCGGCCUGGCCUUCCGCAUGGCCAUGAUGACCCAGGCGGACGAAAUGUUUAAGACCCGCUUCCAGGAGAUGAGCUUCGUGGAGUUUCAGCAUGCCGUUGGUGCGGUCGUUUUCCUCCGCGGCGGCCAAGCACACAACCUGGCGGCCUUGGUGGAGGCCUUCAUCCGUGAGAAGUUGCUUCCCAUUGCUCGCGGCCGUUGA